GGUCCAUGGCAACAGUUGGGAAAGGUGACCUGCUGCGUGAAAACCAACAGCUUUGCUUUCCAAUCCAUGUGCCACGCGACGUGUUUCGACGUUACCUCGACGACAUGGCCCAGCUUCGCUUUGACGUUGUCGACAAAUUGUCCCAUCGCGUGUAUGGCCAGGCCGCGAUCCCAAUACGACUAGACGAGUUGGAAGAAGUCGACGGUCUUCGCCGUGACAUCAAUGUUGUCAAGUGUGAUGGCAUACCUGGCGAUGUUGGCGGGAGUUUGACCUUGUACGCAACUGCAGUGUGGAGUGACGCGGUGAACAUUCUCCAGGGCCUGCAGCCACCACUUCCUGUGCCAUUACCAAAACAGAUAUCAAGGCCAAUGCACAGGCUUGAAAGUGACGUUCGCGUUUGGAAGAACAAAGAUUUUCCUGAAAACAAACAGUUUUAUCUGGCGCAACCGACUGGAACUACACCGACGGCGCCACCCACGUCAAUUGUAAAGCCGCCAAACACGGCGUUAUCGACGUUGCUGCAAAAAGGAGAAGCCCUUCGACGAUCCAUGCAACGCGCUAUGGAACAGCAUGAGAACGACAACAACAUUUCGGACAUUCCAGCCAUCUUGGCGUCUGCAAAGAGUUUUGGACCUGUUGACCUGAGCCUGACUACGUCUGAAUCGCUCCGCACAAACCGCGCCACACCAAUGUACACAUGCGGUCUUCCAAUAUGCGAUGCAAAUCGCCCUCAUCCGAGCUCACCAAGCCCACUUCUGGACCAAGGAAUGGUGGAUACCCCGAUGGAAAUGCUCUUGCGCGUGGAUUUGCUACGCGUCCAAGGCUCCUCAGUCCAGGGACUGUGCUCAGUCAAUGUUUAUGUGACCCAUAAAGCACUGCAGCCGACUACCAAAGAAUAUAUAAGCAUGCCGAAGAGAGUCCGCAUUACGAUGGACCCCCGCGUGUCUGCGGUGGUGGCACUCGAGCAUCAAGCCGUUUUUCCAUGCGUACUGACGCCAGCGCUCGUUCACGUGUUCGAUACCCACCAAAUCGUUGUUGAAGUGCGGGUUCAAACUCCCUGCGACUCCCCUGCGCACCUGCUAGGGUUGGCAAAAAUUCCCCUCAAGCCAUUCGCGCAUGCUUUCAGAAACAAGACCGCCGUCGACAGUCAAAUUAGUCACCGGGACCCUUACGUUGGCGUUCCCAACACUUUGCUCCCCGUCAAGAAUCCCUUUACGGGAACAGUAGUAGGGUCAAUUACAUGCACAACAGCCUUGGGAACAACACAUCAGAUCGCCUCGUUCCGAGCUAGGCACGUUGGUGCUCGGAAGAUUCAAGCAUGGUGGAAGGGCCGCUGUGCAUUUCGUAGGUACCAGGCACAAUUGGUCAAUGUUUACAAGCCGCUGUUAUCCCCGGUGCCCCGUCCAACAACCGAACCAUCAUCCGACGAAAAAGGCCUCGAUGACGCCAUGGUCACAACUGUUGCGGACGGAACCAUCGUCGAGAAGGAUCAAGCUCGAGUUGCAGCAGCCACAAGAAGAAUUCAACGUGUGUAUCGACAUUGGAAGCAGCAACGAAGUCACAAAAAUGAUUCAGCGAUGCUGGAUUGGAGCGACGUGACGCACGAACCCGCUUCUCCCGACGAGGAAGCCAUGCCCACAUUGACAUUUGACAUUGACGAAGACACAAUCAAGCUGUUGAAUGAUCCGGUGUCCAUGCAUUCAAUGGAUGCCGGCGACGCGGGAAGCAUUUCCAUGCAAGACUCGAUCCUGAAGGGGUCGUUGCAGCCGACUCGAGUUGAUCCAUCGAGCGGCACCUCGUGGCGUUUGAUGAUGGAACUUGCCCAGCAGUGUCCCCAGCCCGGUGGAAUCGAGUUGCGGUAUGUCUUUUACAACACAGAGUUCACGCUGUGGUGGGACCACUCCAGCUCACUCCUGAGCACGAGAAACUAUCACACGUAUGAUGACAGCCACCAUCUUCAUCCUGUGGUUUUAUUCGAGAUGAGCUCGCUGCAACAUGGUCAACUCGGCCACGCAACGUUGCACGUGACCAAUUUGGCGAGUUCGGUCGCAGUGGUUUGGAUCCCUGUCACGUGGACGCAUCCUACAUUGGACCCGAUCCAGUCGCUUCCACUGCGCAUUCAGCACACCAACGACAAGACUCUGGCCAUAACGACGGUGACUUCAACCAAGCUCCUGCCCGCGACAUCUAUCAUUCGCACUCAAGUCACAUCGAUGCACAUGCUAGACACGCAAGUCAACGAGUGGCAAGUGUUCUUCAAGUUCAUCAUGGAAGUAGGCGUCGAGUUGCAUCCAAAUACGACAACAGUCGAGUUUGAUACAACGCUGCGUCAGUACGUGUCGUACCAAGCGUCCCCCACCGUGGCCUUGACGUCGGAGCGGCUCGCAUUCCUCGCCCAGUUCGACGAGUAUGUGGUGAUCAGCCCGGCACUCUUGGAGAGCAUGCAAGAUCGUGGCGUCACCAUUCAAGUGUACAGACACGUCGUAGACAUGGAUAUACUCAUCGGCACGGUCUCGGUUCCACUGGCGUCACUGUUGUACCGGACGGAAGGGAUUCGAGGCAUUUUCCCCUUUCAAGAACGAGAUGGCGUCCACAAUAAUGGCCGCCUUGGCGUGACCGUGCAGUUUCUUCACCACAAUGUCGACUCGACGAAUCCAACUCGGCCAGCGCCACGAGUGAGUGUGGACCAUCCCUCCACACUGAAAGAUUUCCAUGUUACAUCGACGCUCCCCGUCGAAAUUCCCGCGGGCCAGUCCAUACACGAUAUUGAUUUCCUCUUGGAUGAGACGAGUUCUGAAUCCGCCAUGAUCGACUCGCCUUCUCACUAUACAUUGAGUGUAUCGAUCGAAGAAGCCCGAAAUUUACAUACUGCGACGCUCUCGUCCAGACUCCCCAACGUCAAUGCGUCGUUUCAAUGGGGACCAACCCGCUUCGAAACGUCCGUGGCGGAAGCAACACGCAACCCGAUUUGGAUGGCGCAAUUCCAGCUGGAUGCGAUGAUGCCCGAGAUGACAUCCGACCUUGUGAUUCAAGUGUGGGACCGACCGAGUUCGGCGACGACAACGUUGGUUGGUCAAGCUUCGAUUGAUCUUGCCCUGCUCAAGUGGACGAAGGAAAUAUGUGGAUGGUAUCACCUCAUGGACACUACCGGCAAUGCCCAGGGUCAGUUGAAAGUACGCAUUCAAAACAGUGGAGUGCCAGGUCCUCAGCGGCAAACCCCAAGUACUCCAGCCGAACAAGUUGACAACCACGAUGACGAAGUGGAAAAAAUAUCGAUUCUGAAGCUGCUCGUCAAGAACCUCACAGACUUGGAUGCAUCCCUGACCGAGCGACAUUUGGAAGAGAACUCGGACUUUACGUCAAUUCUAGCACAGCAUGAAUCAGCGACAAGCCGUGCCAAGGAUGCCGACUCGAACGACGCUACCAUCGUGACAUCCAUGUCUGCACUGCCUUCACCCACUGUCGAAGUCCAUGCGGCCACUUGCCUGGCACUUGAUGUCGCCCAAGAAUACGAGUCGUGUACGCCUGUCCAUGUCGAUACCCUCCCCAUGAGCAAGGAUGAAGAGACGGAUGAUGGACAGAGCACGUGGGACAACGGCGACUUUGAUGUGAAUGCCCUCGAGAUUUACGGGUCGCACCGUUCGGACUCUGGCGAAGACUUGCCGAGUGCCACUCCUCCUCAGAGUCCAACCACUCUAAAACACGAAGACCAUAAGGAUGCAUUCACCAUGGAACCCAACUCAACACCCGACGGCAACUCAGAUGCACGUGACUCGGAUGCUUUCCACACUCGCGACACUAUUUAUUCCGUUCCCACAGCAUUGCCAUCUCCUCGACAAGAGCGAGCGACUUGUUCGGCCGAGCUCAAGUCUACAUGUGGGGAUCCAGAAGAAGUGUGCUCGGAUUCACAAACCAGUGCUCCUACGACCGCGCCCCAAGGCCAAGUUUCCUCACACUGGACCGACGAUGGAGACGAACCUUUCAACUUGAACGAUCUAAACGUGCAUAUUCAGCCUUCCGUCAACGACAGCGCCAGCGCAAAUUGUGUGGACAGGGCACACGCUUGUGGCCGUUCGAGAAUGGACAUCCACGAAUUGGAUGCACUUCCGGUAUCGUUUAGCCAUGAUAUCCCCGACCUUCCAGCCAAUGGAUCGAUGACUCCCGUCAACCAUCCCGUCCUGUAUCAAGUGCUAGAAGUCAUGCAUGGACUGCAGUCGCAGAUAUCCUCGUUGGUGCACCAGAACGAGGCAAUGGCGGUCAAAAUCGCGCAGAUCCCUCUACUGGUCGCAGAGUCCUGCAGCGAUCGCUUGACUGCAUCGCAUGCAUCCUUGUCGGACUUGCGCGACACGAGUGCGAGCGUUUGUGUGCCGACGAGUGAUGUACCCAGGGAUACCAUCCAUCGCGCAAUUCAAAUCGAUGCGUCCACGCAAUCGGAAGUGCCAGAGAUCGCAGUACCUCCCAUUCAUGACGAGCCACGACCAAUUCAACAGAUCACGCCAAGGCAAGUGUGCGAGCCGACCGAAGAACAAAAGUUUUGCCCCGUGCCACUCGCCUCCGAUGGCGUUCGAUCCAAUCACCACUUCAACCCAAAUACGAAGCUACCUGAUCUUCAUGAACAUGGUGAUACCAACCAUGUCAAGGUUGUGUCUGAAGCGCUGGACAAUUCAGAUCAUCAAGGCGGCCAACCACAAUUCAUCCGCAACUUGGACCGAUCGGUGACCGCGUAUAUGUCCCCACCGUCUGCCGCCAUGUAUGCGUCUACCUCGAAUGCCCCGCCUGGAGUCCUUCGCACCGACCUGUUCUCUUCUCGACGAUGGACAGGCUUAGGCGAUGACAAUGAGCCUUGUAUCCGUCUUCCACAUGCCUUCCGCUUCACGAAUCGAAUGGACGGCGAUCAACCCAAGCCGACGGCUCGCGCCUUGUUCGACUCGGAGACCGAGCGCAUCGCCAAGAUCAUGUGCGGCAACUUACAGCAAUGGCUUGACCAUGAUUCGUCCAGCGAUGAUGACGACAGCUAGCAUUCAAGUGGAAUAUAACGAAGAAUUGUACACCGUGUCGAACUG